CCGGUGAGGAACCGUAAUCGCGUCGGGUGGGUGGCGAAUGCCUGCUGAGCCCUUCGCCUUGAGCCGCCCUCGCAGCCUUCUUUGUGCCGGUGUAGAUAUAGACCUUAGAAGGUGGUGAAGGAAGGAUAGGGGAAGAAGCGAGGGAGCAAGGGUAACACGUUGAGGUUGCACGUGUCAUUGCGUUUUAGCGUGAUGGUCCGUGCGCUAGGGGCUUUUCUCCAUGCCGUCUGCAUCUCCAUGCCCGUAGGCAAAACACCGGGAUCAAUGCAUUUCCUUCCUUUAAUUCCGGACCACUUAGCUUUCAUUUCCUUCGACGCAACUCUCUUAUGAUGCAUCUAGGCGUUGAACAACGGUUCGGCAAGAAUUUGGCGGUCUCCGUUCUCAGAACACAAUCCACGCCCAAGAAAUGUGUCCAUCAACGUCAUUUCAAUCGCCGGACAAUCUACACAUCGGUUCAUAAGUUGGCGCACCGGAAGACUAAAAUGAAACAAAAGAGAAAUGUAGAAUCAGAAGGAGCCAGUCCGGCUCCCCCAGGCUCAAAUUUGCCCGAGCAGAGCAUGGAGUCGAUCAGCGGGAGCGUUGGCGAGAGAAAACGUUCAUCCUGGAAAGACCUUCGGGCGAGACUACGGGCAUUAUGCGGCGCACCGUUGGCUACUUUCGAGCGCUUGGACUUCAAAUCCUCGUCGCCCAGAAUCGGCAGCGGCUCCGGGCACCAGCUGCUGGCAUCAUGGAAUAUCGAUCAUACCGAUAACAUCUACGUACCUGGUGCUCCGCCCCGUCUGUCGCUUCCGACUUCACCAUCGAUAAACCUAAAUUGGAGCCUUAUGCCUGCAACCGUGGUGCGAAAGGUUCGCGGCUUAAGCACGUCUUCGGAUCCCUUAUUUGAAAGUGCUCGCUUCAUGAGCCCCAAAUUCGAAUUUCGGAGUCUGGACGUGUUCUGCGACUUGGAAACUAUUAUCGAUCUAUACAAUGGACGAGACAUGAUCACAAUAUCCACGCUACCUGGAACUCCGGCUUUCCUAUCCAGGCUCAGGUCGAAGUCUCUUUCUCGAUUUUCGGCUCCUAACGCCGAUGGGAGGACGGAAUUGGGUCCUGAUCCCCGCAUAGGAGCUCCUUUCAAAUGCGAAUUAAGCACUGUCCAACAACGAGGGUUUGCUUUCGAAGCAGCAAUAACCCAGAAAGAGACGGGCCUCCCUCCCCAAACCAGACAUUUUCGUGUCAUUCGCUAUGAUUUUGGCCAAAUUGCUUUAGCCAUCAGGUUCGAAGUUGACGCGUGGGAGCCGGUAGCAGACCGUGCCUUGCACUCUGACUCCGGGUCUCAUAACAACCGAUACGAUGUUUCCGAUCAUACGGCUAAAAAAGAUAGGGGGACUGAAAGAAAAGUCAUCUUGGCAGGCUAUGUGGUUGAUGCUUCGGAAACUGUCGAGAUCAAGACUUCGAAAGACGACAUACGCGAACGCUUCAAAGGCUAUCUCAGUGACCAGUACCUAGCUCAAGCUUGGUUUUCCCGGAAGAGCAAGCUGUGCUUAGGGAUGUACAAUUCUAAUCACGAUUUCCGAGUGGAGACGAGGAAUAUGAGCGAAGGCUUUGCACUUUGGGAAAGGAAACAUCGGUCUCGCCUCCGGUGGCUACACAAUUUCCUCCGCAGAGUGACUACCGAAGUCUCGAAGUCAUCAAGCAAACACUGCGUUGCGGUGCCCUUGAAUCGAAGCCCGGGUGUCGAAGGCAGACGGUGGGAGCUCUACGAGGUGGAAUCCGGCGGCCUAAGGUUUUCCGAUCAUAUGGACUUUCUCGCAAGAAUGGCUGAAUACGACUCCCAAAGCGAUCAAGCCUGCUCGAAGGGGGAUCGAUCUUCCUUUCCUCUCGAGCUCAAAGAUCUAUGCCGACCCGCCGUGUCAGUGGGAUGAGGGAUGUUUGCCCGUAAAAUGACUGGCGCACCACGCGGGAAAAAUUCAAGACAACGCCCUCUCAUACAACAAACUCGCCGAACACAUGUAG